AUGGAUGCUCUCAGAGACACAACUGCUUCCCAUUAUGAAGAUUGCUUGGGCGCGGCCACCUUACUAAGGAAAAAUGAAAAAAACGAGAUCCCUUCCUUUUUUUCAAAAAGUCAGGUAGGCAACGAAGUUCUACCCUCCCGGGAGUCCGCAAAGAGUUCGCUUUUAAAAGAGAAAAACAUCGGAAAGGGCUGCGACCAGACGAGUGGAGCGUGUUUGGAUCCCUUAUCAAAGCAUAACGACCGCCCACCUCACGCAACCAAUAAACUUAUAAACCCUCGUUUAGUGGAAGGGGCGGCUACGGAAACUAUUAGGAACGGCGCUACAGUAAACACCGGCUUUUUUCCGCUCUCGACCCCGUCAUUCGCCCUGAGCGAUCAUGAAAAGGCUUCUGACAACGAUAAUAACGACUGCAGAUUUAUAAUGAAUAUGACUGGACGUGCUGACGACGACGUUUCGAACGAUAAGCCACAUCAUAUUUUCGAUAACUUAAACGAAAUAAUUGAGCUCUCAGAGGAUAACGCUACUAAAAAAGACCCUUUUGAGUCUUCCUCUUCCGCUAAUAAGGAGGGAUUGACUGAUAAUAGCUUGAUAGUUGCGUUCGACAAAAAUAUAGAGAUUGUUGUUAGUGAUGAGGAAAUAGACACAGGCAUAGCCACUGUCCCCACUCAAGGCUAUAGCCCUCCGCAGCUAAAUACCUCUCAAGCAAUUCCGCAUGAGAUUACCAGAGGGUAUUGGGAGAAAUACCUCGAGCAACAGAAAAGAAUUGAGCAAAAAAAUUUCAAUAAUGUCAAACGAGAGGCUUUGGAAUUUGAUUCUAAGAUGGAACCUUUACACGGCUUGCUACAUCUGGAUGAAAAAGUAUUAUUUUUGAGACUAUCGAGGUCGGGGUUGGCCUUUCAGCGCACUAACCCGUCAGCCAUAAGCGAACUCUCUGAACAUUCAGGCUUCAUUACAGGCUGCGCACUGUUGGGCGCUGAAGACAAUUCCCUUGUUGCCGUGUCAUCAAGCGGGAAGUUGUUUGUUUAUAAACAUCGACCACAUUCGUUUGUUUGCAUCAAAGAGUUUGAUCUCGGGCCCGGUUUUAUCUCGUGCCUUUCGGUGUAUAAGGAUACCAUUUUUUGCGGUUCUCAAGAUGGCCAAGUCAUUUCUCUUCAACGUUUUACUACUUUCUUCGUCUCUGAUCCACUAGUUAUAGGAAGGCAGACGGUUGCCGUCACGCAUGUAUAUGUUAAGUGUCUAUUUCGCUUACCAUGGCUUCUAGACAACGUGGUUGUGGGAUACUUCAACGGCGUUAUUGAUUCUUUUGAUGGCGCUGGUAAUCUGUUCUGGUCACACACUGUAAGUGCCAUUGGCGCUCCGAUUAGUGCCCUUUUCGUUAGCGAAUCGCUCAUACUUGGUGGUACUGAAGAUGGCGUUAUAUACUCCCUGGAGAACUCCACCGGGAAACUGAAGAAAUUAUAUACCCAUCAUGAGCCUAGAAAACCCAUCCACUCGAUUCGAGUUAUCGACAGUACACUGUAUUCUUGUUCAAGCGAUGCUACCCUGCAGCUGGUUUCUUUAGAAACAGCAGAUGUAUUGAGAAUUUUGGUUGGCCGUGGCCCUGUAACGUCAUUUCAUAUAGAAAAAGUUCUGAACGAUGAAAACAGGGUGACACUCUAUUUUGGAGGACGUACUAAAGAAGUCGAAGCCGUUUAUGGUUACCUCGAGAAAGCCACCUUCGCAAUCAGUGCGCCAUCCCUGCAGUGUUAUUGGGUCAAUUGCCAGACUGCUAACAAGUGCUCUUUUGUUGGGCCACGUGAUCUAGCAGAGCAUGUAAACCUGCACUCAAGAAAGUUGAAAGAGGCAACCUCUGCUCCAUUCACCUGCGGGUUUGGGCCCUGCAGAUUAUCAUUUUUGGAUUACAAAUCUUUUGAGGACCACUUGAUCGCACAUACUGGAGGAUUUUCCUGUAGUGCCGGUUGCGUUAACUUUAUUGCUGGAUCGCGCGAAUCUUUGACGUCCCAUUACAGCGCUCAUCACAACUUUGCUUGCACCUAUAAUAAGGAAUUUGUCUGCAGAAAAGUCCUCAACAGUGAUUUGGAGCUUCGACUCCACUCUGUCAAGCACAAAGGCGGACUUUGCAAAUAUUGUUUCACCGUUAACGAGAAUUUCCACCAGGAGCAGUUACACGAAAAGUUUCACCUAAUAAAUGGCUAUAGGUGUUCUGAGUGUGCGGAAGUUUUUUCGAGCGGGGAGGCAUUUCUGGAGCACCGCAACUCUCAUAAAACAUGUACGCAGAGCAAAGGGCGAGAGAAUCCCUCUAGCAUCCAAGCCGACCAGCCGCCUCUAAAGAAGAAAACGACUCGAAAGGCGGAAGGGCAGAGGCCGCUACGCCCAAAGCCUACCUCCAGCCGUCCUGGCAUCCCUGACGACCAAAAAAUUUCUUCUGCAGAAACUUUGAGGCUUUUGAAAAGUUCGGAUCCCUACUACAUAUUAGGAGUGAACAAGGCAGCCCCUUUUUCUAUUAUAAAGAAGCAGUAUCACCGGCUCUGUCUUAAGUGGCAUCCCGAUAGAUGCUUAAACGACAAAGAGGAACAAACUCUAAAAUUUCAGAAAAUUGCUUGGGCCUACAUGCAGUUAAAGAAAACGAAAUUUUAAAAAUAUUAGUUGCACCCUGAGACACUUGAAAAUUAAUUAGAGUCUUCAGCAAAGAUCGAUCAAGCCGAAAUUGUCCUUUCAUCUAUUAGACUCAGUGGUUUACGGGUGAACUUUUAGGAUCAAUGUGUUUUAUGGAGG